CUGCAUUCACGUGGGGCGUAUACAAUAAGAUAAACGCACCACAGACAUUGCAUCUUUGAGCUUCAUACUGUUAAACGCAGGAGCUGCUAUGCCUCACGUCGCAAACCCGAACUGGCGGCUUGUGCUGUUCGCGCCCGUGACGAUUCCGCUGACGCGCCACUAGCCGCACCACCCAGGAGAUAGAGAGGAGAGCUGUGAGCGACGGAACUAGCAGGGGACUGACUGGAAACCGGUCUCUCUUUCUUUUCUCUUUCCUUGACGACCGUGCUGCUGUGCAAGUCCCGUGGACGAUAUUCAACGAGCGACAGCAAUUUCACCAGUAGCAUCAGCCAGGCUCUUCUGCAGAGAUGGAGGUACCAGGAUUGGCGCACAACAUCACUAGUCCAUUAAGUCCCUGCGAGGGGAUGAUCAAGGACCUGAGCUUGGACGCCAUACAGUUAUGCGAGCGAGAUGGAAGUAAAUCCCAGGAUGGCAGCAGCUCUGAGAUGGAGGAGCUCCCUGUUCCUCAGAACAUCAAGAUCAGCAACAUAACCUGCGACUCCUUCAAGAUCUGCUGGGACAUGGAGCCGCGCAACAAGGAGCGCAUCACACACUACUUUAUUGACCUGAACAAGAAGGAGAACAAAAACUCAAACAAGUUCAAACACAAGGAUGUUCCUACUAAGCUGGUAGCCAAAGCAGUGCCCCUGCCCAUGACGGUUCGGGGCCACUGGUUCUUGAGCCCACGCACAGAGUACACCGUUGCUGUCCAAACCGCAUCAAAACAGACUGAUGGGGACUACGCCAUCUCUGAGUGGAGCGAGAUCAUCGAGUUCUGCACUGCUGAUUAUUCCACAGUGCAUCUAAACCAGCUGUUGGAAAAGGCAGAGGUCAUCGCCGGCCGGAUGCUGCGUUUCUCUGUCUUCUACAGGAACCAGAAUAAAGAGUACUUUGACCAUGCCAGGGAGGCGCAGGAGAACCGGAUGCUGCAGUCAGUGAAAGACAACAGUGGCAGCCACGGCUCACCCAUCAGUGGCAAGCUAGAGGGCAUUUUCUUCAGCUGCAACACAGAGUUCAACACAGGCAAGCCUCCACAGGACUCCCCUUACGGCCGCCAUCGCUUUGAGGUUCGGGCUGACACGCUCUUCAACCCCGACACCAACCUGUACUUUGGAGACUUCUACUGCAUGUAUACAGCUUACCACUAUGUUAUUCUGGUCCUGGCGCCAAAGGGCUCCACGGGAGAUGAGUUCUGUAAGCAGAGGCUUCCUGCGCUAGACAUCACCAACAACCGUUUCCUUACCUGCAAGAAGGGUGAAGAGGGUGAUGGCAGUCUGGUGUUUCACCACGCCCAGGAUGUCAUCCUGGAGGUGAUCUACACGGAGCCCGUAGACCUGGCGUUAGGCUCUGUGGCUGAGAUCAGUGGGCACCAGCUGAUGAGCAUGUCUACAGUAAAUGCCAAGAAGGACCCCAGCUGCAAGAUCUGCAACAUCAGUGUUGGACGCUAAGAACAGGCAGAAUGCAGGAAAGGGAGGGAAGUACUAGAGGUGACUGAGCUCUAAA